CCUCAGACUUGUUAUUCAGUUGGAGCAGCUGGCUGAGAGAGCAGGACGGAUCUGAGAUGAAGAAGCUGGUGCUGUUUUGUCUGUGUUUGGUCCUGCUGACCAUCUUUACAGAUGCUUCGCCCAUUCUGGAGGAAAAGAAAGCAAAACAGCUGCUUCGUAGCAAGCGCCAGGACCGACCCAGGAAAGCUGGCCACCCAGAUGAACCAAUGAGGGAGUACUUGCUGCACCAGCAGAGACUGGAGCAGAGAUCCGAGGAGACGUUCCUGGAGCACUGGCUGAACCCCCACUGCUUCCCUCACUGUAACAGGAACCUGGUGCACCCUGUGUAGAGAGAGGAUCAGACAAAGCGCUGAGGGAGAUGAUCUGGGAAGGAGGACCUGCUCAUGCAAUAAAAGCAGCUUUCAUGCUCAGUUACUUUAAAAAAAUGCCGAUUGCUGUGAAACAGUGCAGCCUUCUUUGCAGCAAGCCCGUAAUGCUUUUAUAAAAAGCAAUCUAUAGACGGAUAUGUGAAGGUGCAUAAAGUGUAGCACCUCAAGCAUGCUGUGUUUUGUAUACUAUUGUAAUGCUCUUAUAUAUUAAACGCUUGAGCACA